AUCUCUGUAACUAACUAAACUCAUCAAGAAGAAGAAGAGAGAUAUCUCUAAAACAACAACAACAAUGUCCGUCACAAUCAAAACCAUCGUCUUCUUCGUCAUAUUCGCGAUCAUCUUCUCCUCCGCCGUAUACGCGACGCUGCAAGCACCUUCGUCUUCUCCACCGGUUCUUACAUGUACGGAAGAGCUCGUCAUGUUCUCUCCUUGCCUUCCUUACGUCUCCGCUCCACCGAACAACAUUUCAGAGACUCCGAAUCCUAUCUGCUGCUCUGUUUUCACCUCCUCGGUUCAUUCCAGCGCCGGAAACUGUCUCUGUUAUCUUCUCCGGCAGCCGAUGAUACUUGGAUUCCCGUUGGAUCGAUCUAGGUUGCUUUCUCUUUCCCAGAUCUGUACUGAUCGGAGCUCCGACGAAUCGUUCGAGUCUCGCUGCUCGCCGUCAGAGUCGCCGGAGCUUCCGCCGCUUCAGAGUAUCCAGUUCACGAAUCCGUUUCUUCCCGGUAAUCAAGGAUCCGCUUCUCCACAAUCGAUCGGCUUAGUACCGGAAAUCUCACCAAGCUCUGACCAAUUCUCACCGGAAACAGCUACUGUAGCACCGCCACCACCAGCUCCACAAUACAUCUCAAUCGGCUCUCCAAAGAUCAGAAACUUCUGGUCUCCAUCGACCAUUAUCAUGACUCUGGCCACUUCUAUCUUCUUCACAGGCAUCUGAAUGAUAUGAAGCUCUCUGUGCUUUUUUACUGCUUAGGUUUUACUUCACUGAUACAAAGAUUUUUUACCAUUGGGCUUAGCGUUUAAGUCUUCGCCUGCCUUACUGCUACUGUUAUUGAGGUUGUGUCAGCUGUGAGUAGUGUUUCAUUGAACAAAGAUGA